AUGGAGGAUAGGUUUCACGUGUACAAUAUCACGUCGGAGAUAGCCAAGUAUUACCUUGUCGUGAUGAACCUGCCCCCGUUGGCGGCCACAUUGUUCGUCGAUCUAAUCAAUGAGGUACCAGAUGAGAACCCCUAUUCCACACUCAAAAAGGCAAUUAUCGAACGAACUGCGGGUCCAGAGGAAUCGCGAAUGCAAGGCCAACUAUCUGGAGUGGAUCUAGGCAACCGGACGCCGUCUCAACUAUACAGCUACAUGCGAGAUCGCGUCCACGCAACCGACGAACAGGAGCCAACGCUGCGUCGUCUGUGGGCGCAACAUCUGCCGACGGAAAUCGGUCAAGUUGUGCUGCUCUCUGGCUCCAAGAUGCCGCUCAAAAGACUGCUGAAGUCGGCGGACAAGAUGCACGAGUGGCUGGGCAAUGAAGAUGGACGACGAUUCGCUGCAGGCAGUAGUGAGCACGCGCUUUCGAGGGCUAGACCUUCAUUCAGAAAUAGGAAGUGGCGACGCAAAUUUCGCAAACGCAACGCGCACAAUUUCACUGAUUCGCAAAUCCCCAGUACAUCCACGAGUACUAUUCGUAAUCGCUUCAGUGGCAGCUCGAAAUACUACCAGCUCUCGAAAACUUCUCCUCAAAGCUCCAAAGCACCCUCUAGAGGUGCAAUGGAUGGUGACAAAUAG